AUGUGGAAUAAGGGAGCUGCUGGGCUCACGCAGAUUCCCGUGCUAAGUCGGGAGUUCCAGCUGUUCCUGCGGAGCUCCAGCCUGGCUGUGGGGACGGCGCCGGGCACAGGCACAGACCCAGGGCACUCCAGGCUCUCGUCUCCUCUGUCUCACCUCAGCAUCACGAUGGAGCCCAACAGCCCCAAAAAAAUACAGUUUGCUGUGCCCCUGUUCCAGAGCCAAAUAGAUCCUGAGGCAGCUGAGCAGAUCAGGAAAAGAAGGCCUACACCAGCAUCACUCGUCAUCAUGAAUGAACAUAUGCCCCCAGAAAAAGAUGAGAAGAGAACAAAUAUUUCACAGGCAGAGUCGCAGAGCGCCUCUCCCAAGCAGAGGAAGCAGAGCGUCUUCACCCCACCUGCCCUCAAAGGGAUUAAGCAUCUGAAGAGUCAGAGUGACUCGGUGUUUCCAGAAGAAGAGGAGGGAGUUGGCGAGCGGGAAGAGGAGUGGGGCCAUUAA